UAGCUCCAGGAAAUUCCUGUCCGCAUGCUUUCACCGCUGUGUUGCGCUAUACUGACGGUUAGUUUGCACUUUAAACUGCUUCCUUGCAAUAUGGAUAGGUAUAGAAUUUGAAUUUGUCCUUUGUAUCGCAGAGAUAUGACAGCUGAUGAGUGGAUCAUAAUUCCGAGUUCUGAUAACGGCUGUAUUAUGGAUUCGCGUGAUAAUUGCAGUACGGCAUUAUAGCUGAUUCAGUACUGUAAUCUGAUGUUUUUGUUCUUGGUCUAUUGAAUCGUGAUGUUCUGGCAUUGCGUAAAACGGCCGGCAUCUUCAGCAUAAUGCAGUUGCAGUACCUCUACAUUUGGUAGUGGUUUUAGUCUUUUUGCCAUGUGCCCAUUUGAGCCGUACCGUGAUAAGGCGCGACGCUCGUCUGGCCUUCGGAGACCAUCUCGCAAGGACAGCCAAAAUGAUGAUGGGGAUGCAGAUGCUAUUGCUUUGCGCAGUGCACUGGAGUAUGGAGUGUCUGCGGAGGAUCUGUGUCGAUUGAUGCAGUUGCGGGGAAUCGGUGUGAGGGAGCGGAUCGACGAAUUGUAUGGAGAUCUCGCCGGAUUAUCCAUGCAACUGCUUGCAUCGCCUAGUCGGGGAUUAGAUGAAUCGGCGCAAGAGCUGCAAAAGCGUCAGGAGACAUUUGGUAAAAAUGUUAUUCCUAUGAAGAAACCGAAAUCGUUCAUGCAGUUGAUGCUGAAAGCUUUGCGAGAACCAACACUGAUUAUUCUGGAAGUGGCUGCAGUUGUGUCGUUGGCUUUGGCGGUGUGGAAUGUUUUCCGUCCUGGAGCUGAUAACGGCACCGAGUCGUACGAGUGGAUUGAAGGAUUAGCGAUUGCAAUUGGUGUUUUGAUAAUUGUGCUAGUCAGCGCUUCGAAUGACUAUGGCAAAGAACAGCAGUUUCGGGCUUUACAAGCUAGAGUCCAGGAAGAACACAAGAUAUCUGUGAUUCGUCAGGGCCAAACUGUACUGCUACCAGUGCAGGAAUUACUUGUUGGGGAUAUUUGCCAAGUCAAAUACGGUGAUCUCAUCCCAGCUGAUGGUGUCGUGCUGCAAAGUCAGGAGCUAAGACUCGAUGAAAGUUCCUUAACAGGCGAAUCCGAUCCAGUGCGCAAAAAUCCUGAUAAUGACUGUCAGAUCUUAUCGGGAACACAUGUGAUUGAGGGAUCAGGACGAUUUCUCGUUCUGGCAGUGGGAGUUAACUCACAAACUGGUGCCAUAUACAAGCUGUUAGGGGCGGUAAAAGAUGGAAAGACCAAAGAUAAGGUUCCAAAUGGGAUAACUGUUCCGGCGGAAGAUGAAGAUGGAUCUGCUUCCACCGAGGAUAGCAUUGAUUUGCCAUUGCACGGUCCUUCUGCCCGGAAAUCUGUGGACCAACAAAGAAAGCAAACCAAUCAUUCGGUCUUCCAGUCCAAACUGAAUAUUUUAGCUUACAAGAUUGGAAUUCUUGGUUUUAUUUUUUCUGCCGCCACAUCCUUGGUGAUAAUCAUUCGGUUCUGUGUACAGAACUAUGCUAUAGAUGGAAAUUCCUGGAAAAGUCAAGAUGCCACUACAAUAUUAGACAGUAUUAUUGUUGGAAUUACGAUCCUGGUGUCAGCAAUUCCCGAAGGCUUGCCACUGGCAGUAACACUGACCUUGGCAUUUUCGGCAAAAAAAAUGAUGCAGGAUAACAACCUCGUCCGGCACCUUUAUGCCUGUGAGACAAUGGGAUGCGCGACGACAAUUUGUUCAGAUAAGACGGGAACCCUCACUACAAACCGCAUGACAGUAAUGCAGGCGUGGUUUGGAGGAGAAAUUUAUGAUCCUCUGCCUGAUGUGAAAGCAGCGAGUCAGAAUGUACUGAAAAUUGUCGGUACUGCUGUUGCCGUAAACUGCAACUACACUUCCGAUGUUAUACCUGCUAAAGAUGGAGUCCCUCAGGAACACAGAGGAAAUAAAACUGAAUGUGCCCUAUUGAGCUUCGUUUCCUCAUUGGGAACGGAUUACCAUAAAGUGAGACGAAUGUAUCCUGAAGGAUCGCUCUUGAAAGUAUAUACCUUCAAUUCGGGGCGGAAAUCAAUGUCAACAGUGGUUGAAAUCCCUGGAGGCUGGAGGGUGUUCACUAAGGGUGCCGCUGAGAUUAUCGUCUCCAAGUGCCGUUUCAUGUUAACCGAAUCGGGAUCGUUGUUGGAGUGUUCGGAUGCGUCACAGAUGGUCACCAACAGCGUGAUUUCUCUGAUGACAAACAGUGCACUUCGAACCAUUUGUAUCGCUUACAAAGACUAUUUGUUGAAUACUGACGAUGUGGAUAGCCUUCCUAAUGUUGAGAAAGUUUCCUGUCAGCCGGAUUUCGAUGACGAAAACAGCAUUAUAUCCAAUCUGACAUGCCUAUGCAUUGUCGGCAUUGAAGACCCGGUGCGGCCGGAAGUGCCUAAUGCCAUCCGGCAGUGCCAGCGCGCCGGUGUGACGGUGAGAAUGAUUACCGGUGAUAAUAUCCAGACGGCCCGAUCGAUUGCCAUCAAGUGCGGGAUAAUCGCACCCCAGGAUGACAGCAUUGUACUGGACGGUCGUCAGUUCAACGUCAUGAUUCGAGAUUCCAAUGGACAGAUUGAUCCCGGCCGACUGAACAGUGUAUGGCCGAAGCUAAGAGUUUUGGCACGAUCGACACCGGAAGAUAAAUUUACCUUGGUUGACGGGAUUAUCAAUAGCAGGAUAUCCAAACAUCGGGAGGUUGUUGCAGUAACAGGCGACGGGACAAAUGAUGCGCCGGCUCUCCGCAAAGCCGAUGUUGGAUUUGCCAUGGGUAUCGCCGGAACAGAUGUCGCAAAAGAAGCGUCCGAUAUCAUUCUUACGGAUGAUAAUUUCAUUAGCAUCGUUAAGGCUUGCAUGUGGGGAAGAAAUAUCUACGACAACGUGGCAAAAUUUCUACAGUUUCAGCUGACAGUCAAUGUCGCGGCGCUAAGUGUUGCCAUUGUUUCGGCUUGUGCUAUUGGGGAUACUCCCCUCAAGGCAGUUCCGAUGCUGUGGAUUAAUAUGAUCCAGGACACCCUGGGUUCAUUAGCACUUGCAACAGAGCCUCCAGGCGAAGCCUUAUUAAAGCGGAAACCGUAUGGCAGAAAGAAACGGAUUAUUAGCAGAGUAAUUGCUCGAAAUAUUCUCGGACAAGGACUGUACCAAACUGUGGUACUGCUCUUGAUGUUAUUUUUAGGACCAUACUAUUUUGACGUUCAUGAAGAGCGCCAAAUUGGUCAUGUUGUUGGGGAGCCGACGUUCCUCUAUACGAUGAUCUUCAAUUGUUUGGUGAUGAUGACAUCGUUCAACUUAAUUAAUGCUCGCUGUAUCCAUAACGAAGUGAACGUCUUCCAAGGAAUUCAGCGCAAUCUGUAUUUUCUGAUACUGUGGACCGUCAUGGUCGUCACACAAGUUUUGGUAGUGCAAUUUGGCGGUUACGUGUUUUCUACGCAGCCUUUAACAUUGGAUUCGUGGAUGAUAUGUUUGUUUUUUGGCUUUGGCUCCUUGCUGUGGUACCAUGUCCUUCGUUUGAUCCCGGUUCGACGGAAAUCUGCGAAGAAGAGCCGACUAUUUUGAAGUGGGUUAAGGACGGUCGUUUUAACUUUGUAUUUUUGUUCCUUUUACCUCUUAACUGUUAAAUUUGUGAAUUAAUGGUUUUAUCUUGUUGGACGUAGAGUACCGAUCCCAGACAUACAUGUACGUUGCAGUUAGAUAACCAUGCGUGAUGCUGUGAUCGAACGUGGUGGUGAUUUCCUGUUGUAAAGCUGCGAUAACAGAUGACCUUUCUGGUAGCAAAUAAAGAGAUGCUAUGCAAUUG